AUGAAGACGGUGAGACGAGGGAUGAGAAAUUGGGAAAGAAGAAGGCUAGUCGGUCACAGCGGCAUAAAAAGUUAUCGAGCUGAGUUUCCAACUCCCCAUCCCAUGAAGAAACUUCGCACCUUCUCUUCUUUGCACUCAGUGAAACUUAGCAAAGAUCUGGCUUCCGGUGGUUAUAAUGAUAGUGGUCUACCUCCCUUGAAAAGCUUACAAGGAAGGCCUAAGAGGCUAUGGAGGUUAAUCAAGAAGCAAUACGAAGGUCUAACACCAUCAAAUUCUCAACCUCUAAAACGCAAGGAAAAACACCAGUGA